AAUCAGUAAUCCAUUUUAUAUCCUCAAAACAUGCAAGGUGGCGGAAAUAGACGUUGAAUGUUCAUAUAUGGAUGGGAUAUGUACAUCAACGAGGUCAAGGCCCAUUUAUCUGGAUCAAAUCAACGACCAAUUGGAUCGACCCGGGCCCAUUCUACCUUGCCCGAGAAUCCCUCUCAACACAACAACAGCAACACCCCCUCUUACCUCGACCAAUCCAAACCGUCCACGUGUCAACAACCAUAUUCCCUCUCCCAGCUUCCCUUUGGGACGUACCAGACAAUUGAACGUUGAACUUGAUCGAGACAAAAAGCAAGAGAAGGGUCACCGUUGUUGAUAAGGAGGAGGAGAUUAAACACUCCUCCUAAUCCAUCAACCUUAGUCCCGACCCAUUUGCUCAAUUAUUAUUAAAUGUUACCUUUUAGGAUCGUAUCAAAUUCAACGUGAAUGUAAUAUAUUAAGUAUUUUCAUACACAUUUUCUCUCUCUCUUUUACAUAAUAUAUAUGUAUAUAUAAUUCGAGCAAAGGGUCAUUUUAUCGUGUUCUAGCGGAGGCUGAUGUCCGAAAGGCAUAUCGGAUUUGAAUGAUGAUGGCUAAUAAGGAGGGACUUGACUCAUUUUCUCAAUUCCGAAUUAGGGUACGGCAAUCAAAAGGAAACCAAGAACUGAAUGAUGAGUUGGAAGUAAAAGCAAAUGAACUCGAGAAGCUUUUCGCCGAGCAUAAACUACGUACUCCUCCUGGAAAUAAAUCUAAUUCUACCCCCAGAAUUACUAGGCAUAGUUACAUGCAAAGCUGGCCAUCCGUAGACAAUGCUUUUGUCGAUCAAAUGUUUGACAAUGAUACAUUUAUGGGACCUAAAGCUACAUCUACUAGUAUUAAUAUAGACAAAUCGGUUGCCUCUUCUCGGACAAAAGUGAUUCAUAGGAACUAUUCUGAUGAGCUAAUUAGUUUUUCGGAUGGUUCUCCAGGGAAAUUUUAUGAUAUGUAUAUGCAAAAAAGGGAUGCAAAACUUAAGGAAGAAUGGAAUUCUAAAGGACCAGAGAAGGAAGCCAAGUUGAGGGCUAUGGAGGAUAGCCUUGAGAGGAGUACAGCUGAAAUGAAGACUAUUGAGAGACUCCGAUCAUUUAACUCCAGCUCGAUUUUUAGCGGAGAUCAGCAACAUUCAGUACUAUUUGGGCAAAGUGAUGAUAGAGAAGAUACACCUGAAUUUUUGAAGCAGAAAAGAAAUGAUGAACUCAGGUCUUCCAGUGAAACAUCUUUGGAAGAAGUUUCUAAGCAUACUACUCCGAGGAAGAAACAACAUUUACCUAUCAAAACUUCAUCCAAACCUCGCACCAUAGUAGGAUCUGUUCCAAGGUCUCCUAUGAAGGUUUCUAGUAGUCCUUCCUUUUGGCGAAGAUCUCAACCUGAAAGUCCACUUGCACGCUCCGUUCCAAACCUGUCUUACAUGAGAAAGGAAAGUGCAGAGCCUUCUUCUCCAUCUGGUAAAACAACAACUCGGUCACAAUCCAAAACGUACUCACGUAGCAAAUUACUGCACUCACAGUCCUUAAGAAAAAACACUGCUUUGAAAUCUGAGGGUGUUAUUUUAGCACCUCUCAAAUUUGACAAGGACAAGAUGGAACAAAGUCCUAAAAGUGUAAUUCCAACACCUCUCAAGUCUGGGAAGGACAAGAUGGAGCAGAGUCUGAGUGAUAAAUUUCACAACAUUUCAGAUACUAAGACCUCCCUAAAGAAGGGAAAAGAUGCUGACUUCAGUUCAAGCGGCGGUUUGAUUGAGUCUAAUGUUGCAUCUAGUUUUGCAAAUAAUGAUAAUGAUGAUGAUGAUAUGGAAUUGGAUUCUGAUACCUCGGAGGAUAGAGUUGAGGAAGACUUUGAGAACAUGACAUCUGCAGUUGAUGAGAAUUUCGAUAAUGGGACACCAAGACCUAGCCACGAGAUGGAGAAGUUGGUAAAUUCUGGUUCAGAAAAUAGACAUGUCCUCCAGAGAUCAUUUUCUCAAGUUUGCUAUGCUUCGGAAGCUGGAUUAUCGCCUUGUUCUGUGCCUUCCAACUUUCUAAAUAGUCCAGUCUCGCAGACUCAUCAGAACCCUUUUUCUUAUCCUCAUGAGAUGUCUGAUGUUGAUGCUUCAGACUUCUACUCUCCUGUGGGAAGUCCUUCAUCCUGGAAUUCACAUUUUCUGAGUCCAACACAGACUGAUGGUGCUGCUAAAACGAGGAAGAAAUGGGGAACCUCGGCUCAGAAUCCAAUCCCUAUCGUAAAAUCUUCUCAAACUUUAUCUCCCAAGGAUAAGGCUAAAGGAUUAAAACGGUUAUUAAAAUUUGGGAGCAAAAACCGUGGCACUGAUAGUUUGGUCAAAGACUGGAUUUCUGCUACUGCUUAUAAAGAAGGUGAUGGCAGAGGAAACGGACGGGAUCCUCCUAACUGGUCUGAUUGUAGCUCAUAUGAGGUUGAGGUUUUCAACAAACGAGUUUUUGCAAUUCAACCCUUGCAUAGUUCUAUUCCGGCACCUCCAGCUAACUUCAAACUGAGGGACGAUCAUUUACCAGGGAGCUCAAUAAAGGCUCCAAGAUCAUUCUUUUCUUUGUCGUCAUUCAGAAGCAAGGGAAAGGACUUGAAGCCAAGAUAAGUCUCGCGAAGGACAAAAAUUCCAAUGAUAAAAACAUGGAAUUGCCUUGAUGACACACAUUUCAAAUCAUAUUUUUUUCAGCCAGAGCUUGAGGUAUGUGCGUGCUAUGUACAACCUACAAUCAUCUAAAUACAAUUUAUUCUUGUACAUGUUGUAGUACUAUAUCAUUGGGCUCGCUAGGCCUUGCUUGUACUUUCAUUCUUGUUGUUUAAGUAUAUAACGUUAUUUAUUGCCUUGAGAAGACAGUUCCCACAGGCUGAAUGUUGAUGUGAUAUUGGCAGUUAGAGAAUUCUUCUUCUAUUUUUAUCUUCUGUAUUCAAGCUUGAUUUUUGUAAAUAUUAAAAGUUGGGUUUAUGUUCAGAAUUGAAUAUCAGCAGUUUGGAAGGAGUUGAGCUAUUUUAUUCGUGUGUAAUAUUAAAUCUAACAUUUCUUGUUAUUGAACAGAACGGUGGCUGCAGAAUACAGUAAAUAAUAGUUCCCAUUAAGAAUACUUAGUGGUACUGGUUAAUCUUGUGAUUCUGCUGGGAAAUACACUGGGCCAGUGUAGUUUAUUUUAAUCAAAUGCAGAUAAGGCCAAAGAAAAAUGGAUUGUUUGCUAUGGUGACUGUUGAAGUUGGCAGCCAAAAAGGAAAUCCAUAAAGCCGAGUUGAGAGUUGAGACGCCUACUAUUUCAAGAAUAAUGAGAUUUCUUUACCAAAUGCAACUAAAAGAGUAGAAAGGCAGGCCACCCACCUCAGUGGUCUAAAUAAGUUCUGGUACUGUAGAUAAAUACGCUUUAGAUACCAAAUAAAACAUUAAAUUAAAAUUUGUUAGAUAACUAAGCUUUUGAUGGAAAAAAUUAGUACUAGAAAACAAACCUUUUCUUUUAUGGUUGAACACAUGGAGCUUGAUUUAUCAGCAAUCAUUUUGGAGUGUGUUUGGUGUGGACGAAAAUAUUUUCGAAAAAUGUUUUUCUAAUUUUUUUCAUGUUUGGGUGGUCAACUUUUUUCAAAUACUCCUUUUUUCAACUUUAACCAAAUACUAAUUUUUUCAACUUUAAUCAAAUAUUUGUUCAACUGGAGCUGAAGCAUUAUACACGAUCUUGUAUUGAUAAUCAAGAGUAUAAAGAAUAUAGGCAUAAUACAUAAACAGACACUCAAACUUGGCCUCAGUUGAUAACUAUGCACUCUAACUUUGAGGAUGCACAUCUAGAUAUCUUAACUCGUUUUCAUUCUGUGGGUUGAACAAUCUAACCUACAAAAUGAUUAUCUAAAUAGCUUUAAAAUUUAUGUGUCACGCUAGCAUCGGAUGUCCACGAGACAUGGCAAGUUGAGGUGUCCAUCGGCUAUCAAGAAAAUAAGUUGUGAACUCUUUUUUCUAUGUUGUGAAAUAUCUUUAAUGAAGUUAUGUUGAUACAGUACACCUCAGCUUUGGGUUUCACAACAAAAACGUUGUAAAAUUAGUGGUCGAAAUAUCACUACUUAGAUUAUGUCAGACUGUUUACUUGUGGAAACGGGUAUUUACCCGAUUCCCUGAAUCCCGUUUCAUUCAUUUACAACUAUCACCCAACCUUCAUUUUGCUGAAACCGAUCGGAGUUUACGAGAGGAUCAAACAAAAUCAAAACUCGAAACUUGGAAGUACAAUAGAUCAACAAAUAAAGGCUGCACCGACCCGCGUGAUAGAUUGUUUAAACAUCAAAUUCUGCGGAGGUCAGUCAGAUGUCCAGCCGCUUGACAUUGGAAUCCCGCAUAUAUGCUGAUAAGGCGAAAGAUUUAAAUCGUCAGGACCACUUGUGGGCUAGGACAAAUCAAUAUGAUUGCAACGACUCACUCCUUGUUCUUAAACCCAGACACUGAUGAAAAUAAGCAACCGCUCUGAUAUGGAAAUGGGCUCCUGUUGCUAUUGUCAUUGGAGUUGUUAGUCUCCUCUUCUGGGCCAAAAAUAAGAUUUGGUGAUGGUGCCAUCAAAUGUACAGCUCAGCAAAGACGUUGGUCCAGUGGUGUUUGUUUUCCUCGGACGAUUUGCGACUUGAGCCAUGUCAGUUUGAUAACACAAAACAGAGGACGUGAACCACGACGACCCAAUGUCACUAGUUGAGAAAUGAUAUUAAUAUGAAUCGCUCAGCAUGUGUUUUUUUAUUAGUCAACCACAAAACUGCCUCCAAUAUGUAUUUGUAGUUCUGAAAUGACGAUGAGCUACUUUAUUAUAUGCUGUAAAUUAUAGUGGAGGCCUCAUUGUUUAAUAUUUUGAUUUGUUUUAGAAUGCAUGAACAUGAGUUCUGAAUAUAAAGAGGUUCUUUCCAUCUCAAUAAUUAAUGUCUUGAAGAAUGAAAGAGCUCAAUGGAUAUGGAUUCA